AUGCCACCCGUCUCUACUGCACCUCGCGAGCUGCUCUGGUACCACCAGAUCCAGAGAGAAACACGCCAUCUGCUCGAGCAGAUCAGUAAACAACAAGCAGACCUGGACAAGCUCAAGAAUCAAUCGUCUACCGACCAAAAGCAACGAGAACAGAGUCAGCAGCUUCUUCUGGAACUCGAGACGAAACAAGCCACAGCUCUUGAGCGCAGGAGGGAAGACUUUGAGCGAGAGAAGGAGAUACUGAAGCGUAUCGGCAAGCUCGAAGAGUCUGUAGAGGCGCUUCGCAGAGCCAACGAGAGCCAGUCCAUGGUCACAGGAGCGGCCAGCCAGUGGCAUACACUUGAACGGAGGCUUGACAUACUUGAGCAAAACCAGGCCAAAAGCUUACAGCAGGACGUACAACGACUCAAUCUGAGGAUCGAUGCUUUGGCUAAGGAGAUGAAGAAUUCCAUCAAGGAUCCAAACACAUUCGCUAAGCAGCGUUCCGAUCCUAGCAAUGACAAGGGGUCUGCAGCAGAAGCGGAGAAGAAUGCAGGAACCGCAAAUGCAGGAGACAAGGUCAGAGGAGCAACGGAUAGCGAGGAAUUGCAGGCCGAACGAGAGAUAUCAAGCCAGAGACCUUCAGACUUUGUUCAGAAGAAAAGACGACCUGGAGAGAAGCAUAUUCCUUUCAGACCGACUCCUCCAGAACUGAGUUGGUAG